UUGAAUCUAAUAUGGACAUCAUAAACACGGCUUGGUUGUUUCCGGUUUUGCUCAACAGUAUGGUUGUUCUUGGUCGACAAGAGAACAAUGUACUGACAGAACGUUCAGCUGAUAAAAUACCAUAUGAUAGUAAUCGGCUGUUUAUUGAUAAAGAAAACGAUUACGUACAUGUCGGGGAUAAACCAACGUACAGCUGUUCUGUCAGAGCCACAGCUAAUUUCCUGAUAGGCAAUCCUGUAGUAUGGGAGAAAACCAGUAGUGAUGGUUCCCGCGUGAAAAUAUCCGUGCUGGCCAAUACUGAGUAUGAACAAGCACAUAACUAUAAUGUCCAAUUACACACGAAUAACUCGUAUAUGGCUUUCGAAUUGAGUUUUCCUAAAGGAAUCACUGAAGCCGAUGAUGGAUUCCUCUACUGCGUCCAGUACAAUAGAUAUCUGGGAGUCCUUGCCGAAAAAAAGGUGAAAAUUUAUGUGAUCGGUAAGUCAAUGGAGACAAAGACAAAGACAACAACAGCAGCACCAACAACCACACCAACACAAACAACUACAAGUCCAUCUAAGAACAUUUGCAUUGAUGGACAUGAAAUGUGUACACACUUGUUUCCUGGUGAAUGUAUAGCUGCGUUACAUUUAAUGGUUUUGUGUCCAGCGAGUUGUGGCAUUUGCACUCGACCAGACAGAUACUGUGCCGAUCGUUUCGAUGAUUGUUCUAAGGUUAAAGAGCAAUGUAAUGACCUCAUAAUCAAACAGAUUUGUCAAUCAACUUGUAAUGUAUGCGAUGCGAAUAUAUGUGAUAGUACAUUAGUAUCCUCCGCUCUCUCCCAAAAGCUCAAGCUAUCUCAUUCUGCUGGAGGUUAUUGUUCUGAUGGUACACAAACAAAUACAGACUCAGUCAUCCUUAAACUCUGUUAUGCAAAAACUGAUAUAAUGUGGCAAAAGGGUUUACAGGUUGUUUCAAACUGUAAACAAAUAUCGUUAUAUGCUCCUGUUUCGACGUUUGGAUAUUUUCCAUAUCAGCUUGGAAUAUUUCUUGGUUGUACUGACACGGGAUUUAAGAUUGGAAUACAGAAAUGCAAUGACCACUUCAAAGAACAAACGUUGGUAUCUGGUGAUAUGUCAUCAAUCUUCUCUGACGCUGAUGAUUACUAUGUACUCAUUGUAUAA